CGAUAGAUGGUCCGCCCUCCCAUCUCACUUCCCCAACAUGUGAUUCCCCAACGAUCUCCAUCCCCAGAUCUACCGCUACCACACCCUAAUGACAACGGUGUUCUCGCAUCCCUAGUGGAUGAGUGUGUCCUUACGGAUGAUUUUUUUUUACGCACGUGAAGCAUAAUGAUCUUCGUCACUCCCUUACGUUUGUCUUGUGGACGCAAACAGCCGGUCCAUAUGACGAAGACACCGAGCUCAGCACAGAAGCAGUCGCACAACCCAGAUUCCUACUGCAGUUCACACCUUCGCUUGAGGGUAUCCACAUUCCCCGCUGUCGAGCUCUACCUUUCACGUCCAGCUCUAGAAAAGGAUGCGCAAUAUGAUCUUCGAGCUUCACGGCUAUGUGCCGGCAUUCAGCGCUAUGUCUCGCAAUGUUGUCGACGUUUUUCGAAAUGGCUGGAUCCAAGGCAUACAGUCAUACAUAUCUUUCAAACUACAUGCUGUUUUGUAUGUUCGAGAUGCAGGGUCACGUACUUCAUCACUUACAUCACGACAGUUGGAGCUAUAUGCUCUCAAUGCGAUCUCAAUACCAUUAAAAGACACCAGGGAGCUCGCUAUGAACCGAUAAGGAGCCAGCCUAAACGACAUCACUCAUCACAGUAGGGACCAGCAAUGGGGGAAGAGUAGAAGGAGGGCUGAGUCAAACGGUGGCGCACACUACGAAGUACUCUUGAGGCUGCAAGAAGUUUGUCCGUAAAUAUUGUGCUCAUCAGUGGAUAUCCAAGGGUUUUUGGGGCGGAUUUCAUCAUAAUCCAGUGAUAUGCACGCCAGCCCUGAGAGUCUUUGUGUAUGAUGACCGCCGGACUCAUCCGCGAACGUGUAUCAAACCUGCCCCGAGCUAUCUAUGAACA